AUGGGCAGGGGGUGCAUGGGAAACAAUUCCUUGCUGUCUUCGUCUGCUAAGGCUGCCAUAAUAGAUACCACAGAAGAACUGAAACAACGGAAAGUUAUUUUCUCCCAGCUCCGGAAGCUAGAAGUCCAAGAUCAAGGUACCAGAUGCUUUGUUUCUCCUGGGACCUUUCUCCUUGGCUUGCAGAUGGAUGCCUUCUUGCUGUGUUCUCAUGUGGCCUUUAUUUAUGUGCACUUCUGGUGUCUCUUCCUCUUCUUCUUAGGACACCUUGGAUUAGGGUCUCCUCUUAUGACCUCAUUUAACCUUAAUUACCUCCUUUUAAAGGAGAUAAUGUUGCCACAACUUCUGAUUUUUCAAGGGAAGCCAGAAAUCUGGAUCUUCAGAUGA